AUGCGGCGUUCAACGAGACGAAAACAGCCCCCAAAAGGCGUCAAACCGCAACUUUAUACAGAAAAAUCUGAUGUAGACUCGGCGUCGGAACCACCAGAGACCAUCGCAGAAACAGGGUCGCGAAGAACGCUCUCCAACGAACCGGAAGAGGUCAUGGAGACUGUAACGCAGCUAUCCAACUUUCUCCCGAGCGAACAAGAAGUCCGACAAGCGCAAACACUCAUUUCCCAAUACGAAAGAGAAUACGAGGCGGCUCAGGCAGAGUACCAAGUCAAGAAGCAGGAACUAGACGCAUUGGCUCAUCGAAUGUCGACGAUCCAAUCUCGCAUUUUCGAGAAAAGGGCCUCGAUAGCCCCCAUCCGUCGCGUCCCACAAGACGUUUUGUCAAUGAUCUUUGGCCUUUGCGUACGGGAGAAUGCCACUUCCCCAUGGACUCUAAUGCACGUCUGCCGGUCCUGGAGAGCUGCCGCCAUGCACACGGCAAUGCUUUGGAACCGGAUCAUGAUUGCGCCUUCCAAUUGGGCUGGAAGGCGUAAAGGUGCCCCCAAGUUUUACGAAGGAAUGGAAGUCUGUACCUCUGCGGGUCAACUCGAGCGUGCGAUCAAGCAAGCGGGCUCAACCCCACUCGAAGUGCGUUUACUCAUAAGUGGGACCGUGUAUAGACGCUGGGUAUGGGCGUUUAGUAAUUAUGAUCCCAACGAAUAUUCGAAUCAGGAACGCGAGGUGCAUAAACUCCUCGGCCAUCUCAACGACUUGAACAUCCGAGUUCCGUUGCGGGCCCUGGAGAUUGACACUGGCGAGAGAUUUUCCAUCCCGGAAAAGUAUCUACAGUGCUUCGUAUGGACAGACAUCGAACGCCUCGUACUCGAUGGAGAGUACCCAAUGAUCCUUUCGGCCGUAGUCGAAAGCGGAGCGAGGAAUCUCAAGGUUCUGAGCUUGGACUAUCCUGAUAUCAUCGAUGCGAUUGACACCAUUCCAUGGGCACAACUCAAAGAACUGGGUGUCAUCAACUCUACCGAUCCUCUCGAGUCUCCUCUAUUGAUUGAUGCAUUACGACGAUGCAGCAAUGUGGAAACUUUGACUCUCAAAGACCUACAUACAUUCGAAUGGACGUCCGGUGGAGGAAAAUCUGACAAUCUCAGCGGGUUACGGGACUUGUGGCUUCAUAAUAACCCCAUUGUCAUUGAUCCCAUCGUCGUCAAAGUUUGCGACAUGACGCUGACCUCGAAAUACUUUGCGCUAGCACUCUUUAGGCUCGUUCGCUGCCAACGACUUCACGCGAUACGCACGCCUCUUGGACCCGAGUUUUUCGAGACUCCUGUCCCUGCCGCCCUGGUUGGCAAACGCAAAGGUGGCGCAGGGUCCGGUACCACGAUCCCACUUCGUAGUUUCCGAGAGUUUAUCUUCGAUUUUAUGGGUGGCAAAAAGGUGGAGGACGGACCGCUUCAAGAAGCCGCCAAGUCGUUUAUCAGGAGAAGAGAGGAACUUGGCGCACCCAUUCAGAAACUGGACAUUCGAACGCAAGAUGGCACAUGGCACGACCUCGUCGAACUUGUGCAUAACGAGCAGGCAGGUGAAGUGUCGGAUGAAUAG